UACGCAUCCGAAAUAUAUCUGACUCCUCCUUUGGGAAGUUAGUGUACCUCAUGUGAGCCCUCCCCUCCGCUGGAUCCUCUCCUCAUAUUAUCCACAUCCCAGCCUGAUGACAAACGCUGCAGACACCGAGUGGACUUGGGCCACACACUUCUGGGAUUUUUAAAUGUGUAUGGUUAUAUUUGCCCCGAUUUUUGCCAUUUGUGCGUUUGCAACAUGCGGCGGCUACCAUGGACACCUCCGGGUUAAAGUGGACUGUGCAGGCAAUAGACAGAGUAACAGGAGCAUCACCAUUGAAUUUGGCUAUCCAUUCAGGUUACAACAAGUGCAUUUCAGGGCUCCCCUAUGUGAAACAAAGAGAGAGGAAAUUCUCUUCCUGGAUGGCGACUUUUCCCCCGCUGCUCAGUUUUUUGUCAGCGUGGGCGUGAUCACGUUCCUCUACUCCUUACUGGCAACGGUGGUCUACGUCUUUUACCAGAACAAAUACUUAAAGAACAACAGAGGCCCACUUGUGGACUUUGCGGUGACAGUGAUCUUCUCCCUUAUGUGGUUCAUCAGUAGUUGUUGUUGGGCCAAAGAUCUCUCGGAAAUCAAGGUGGCUACAAAGCCCACCAAGGUGCUACUACUCAUCUCCGCCUGCUCGGCUCAGGAGAACAAAUGCACGGCGGCCCAAGAACCUCUCUGGUCUCAGCUCAACUCGUCUGUGGUCUUUGGUUUUGUCAAUGUCGUCCUUUGGGCUGGAAAUAUUUGGUUUGUCUUUAAAGAGACAGGCUGGUAUAAGAUGGGUCAGAGGUAUCCCACCAGGAGCACUUCUGGAAAACGAGAAAUGCGUCAGCGGCUCUACAGCGAGAGCAGCUUUGACCUUCAAGAGGAAAGUUUUAAUCCUCAACCGUUUAAAAACAACAAUUUGAAGCCGACAAAAGGGGAUCUAGGCAUGCAGCUGUACCGGCAAAGCAGCAUCAAUCAAUCACAAGUGAGCCACGGCCUCCCGCAAACCUAUCUCGGCCAGCCAGACAGUAAAGGAGGGGCCCCAUGAUUUAUUUUAUUUUUUUUAAUUUUGCCUUAUGUUUAUUUUAUCGCUAACAUGUUUGUUUCAUACAUCUUACAUUUUUGAUGUCAUCUCACCACAUCAUUUCAAUCCAAACAAAAUGAGGUCUGAAUAAGUGUGAAAUGUACGUGGUGGUACUAUGGGUCAGAUAAUGUACGUAGUUCAGCUGUUGUUCACUAAUUCUUCGUUAUAUAUCGCUGGUAUGAAAAUAUCGUCAUUAAUAAUUUCAAUAGCUGUAUAACAAAUAUAUUGAGGAAUAAAUAAUAGAGCAAACGUUAUUUUGUGUUCAAGCACUUUGUUACUCGUAUUGCGCAAAACCUCCACGAAUACAAUCGUAUAGAUAUUGUUGCUACUACGUUUAAAUUUGAGUGUCUUUGUAUAAAAUAUUGCAAGAUUUGAUUGCUUCUCAAUUCUUUGCAGAAGGAAACCUUUUCCAAGAUCCCCACUACAGAAUUCAAAAAGAUUUCGAGCAGCACUCAGUAUUACAGACAAUUGAUCUUCUUUUUAUUUAUCUUGCUAGAAAGAACGUGCAGUUGUUUUCUUUAUUGUUGCAUUUCCCCAAGAUUGUAAUCACUGUGCUUUUGUCCACUUGCAAAAAGCUUCAUUUUCAAUAAAGUCUGGUUCAGUGUAAUUGAAUGUUGCAA